GCGAAACUCAGACCCAAAAGACUUAUAAAUUCCCGGAAAUUUUGAAAUCCAAAGCCCAACCCUUCCAAGGAACUAUUCUUGGUGAACAAACAAAAAUGGCUGGUCCGAGAGGAGCGCAGUCAAAACUGUUUACGCCGUUGACGAUCGGCAACGGCAAGAUACAACUCAAACACCGGGUUGUUCUUGCGCCAUUGACGAGAAACCGUGGGACACCUCUGAAUCCGAACAGUACGCCGGAGAAUCCUAAUAGGAUAUGGGUCCCUAAUGAGUUAAUUGCAAAACAAUAUGCGCAACGAGCGACAGAUGGAGGUCUCCUGAUCACUGAAGGCAUGCCGCCGUCCUUGGAAAGUAACGGUAUGCCAGGAGUCCCUGGUAUCUUUGUCCCAGAACAAGUCGAAGGAUGGAAAAAGGUCGUGGAGGCCGUCCAUGCUAAAGGCGGUUUUAUUUACGCUCAAUUGUGGCACGCCGGUAGAGCUACCAUAUCUGCAAUGACGGGAUCACCUCCGGUUUCUGCGUCUGCUACACCGUGGGACUCUCCCGACGAUACGUAUUCGCAUCCUCCUCCUGGAUCCACUGAAAGGGUGCGUUACAUCGAUAGUCCUCCUAUUGAGCUGUCUAUACCACACAUCAAGAAGACGAUUCAGGACUACUGCAACGCAGCAAAGAGCGCAAUUGAGGCCGGCUUCGACGGUGUUGAGAUCCACGGAGCUAAUGGGUACUUGAUCGAGCAAUUCUUGAGCUCCAAUGUGAACAAGCGCACCGAUGAAUACGGUGGCUCUCCUGAAAAACGCUGCAAAUUCCCCCUGGAGGUGGUGGAUGCCGUAGCUAGCGUUAUCGGGGAGGGAAAUCUAGCCAUUCGCCUUAGUCCAUUCGGGUUAUUUAACCAGUCACGCGGUGAGCAGAGGAUGGAAACUUGGACAUAUCUCUGCAAGCGUUUGAAGGAGGCUCAUCCCAACUUGUCCUAUAUAAGCUUCAUCGAGCCGCGCUUUGAUCAAAUCUUCAGCGUAGAAGAGAAAGACAAAUUCCUCAAGUCGUGGGGUCUCGAAAACGUCGAUCUCCAACCUUUCCGUGAGAUUAUGGGCUCUACGCCAUUCUUCUCAGCCGGAGGAUUCAAUGAUACGAAUAUCUGGGGUGUUCUCGAAUCUGGAAAGUACGAUGCUUUGGUAUUCGGACGUUACUUUAUCAGCAACCCUGACUUGCCGGAGAGAUUGAAAAAUGGUUUCCCAUUGAACCAAUACGAUCGGAGUACAUUCUAUGGUCCAUUUGAGAAACCUGAAGUCGGAUAUGUGGAUUAUCCGACGAUGGAAGAAGUGGCUGCUAAAGCUUAAGUGAUAUAUCUCGU